CCUUGUUUUAUUGGAUUCUAGCCAGCAACAUUCGUAUGCAAUCUCUUAAAACCCUUGAUCUUUCUGGCUGCUCGAGUCUUGAGAUGUUUCCAGAGAUUUUAGCAGUUAUGGAACUAUCAGAGCUUAAUUUAUCAAGGUCAAAAAUUAAAGAAUUGCCCUCGUCAAUUAAUAAUCUCACGGGGUUGAGAUAUUUGAAACUAAAAGAUUGCAAGGAACUCAAGAGCCUUCCAAGCGUCAAUCAUAUGAGAUCUCUCGUAACCCUUGAUCUUUCUGGCUGCUUGAGUCUUGAGAUGUUUCCAGAUAUUUUAGAAGUUAUGGAGGAACUAUCAGAGUUUAAUUUAUCUGGGUCAAAAAUUAAAGAACUGCCCUCGUCAAUUAAUAAUCUCACAGGGUUGAGAUAUUUGAAACUAAAAGAUUGCAAGGAACUCAAGAGCCUUCCAAGCAUCAAUCAUAUGAGAUCUCUCGUAACCCUUGAUCUUGCUGGCUACUUGAGUCUUGAGAUAUUUCCAGAUAUUUUAGCAGUUAUGGAGGAACUAUCAGAGCUUAAUUUAUCCAGGUCAAAAAUUAAAGAACUGCCCUCAUCAAUUAAUAAUCUCACGGGGUUGAGAUAUUUGAAACUAAAAGAUUGCAAGGAACUUAAGAGCCUUCCAAGCAUUUGUAUGAAAUCUCUCAAAACCCUUGAUCUUUCUGGCUGCUCGAGUCUUGAGAUGUUUUCAGAGAUUUUAGAAAUUAUGAAGGAACUACCAAAGCUUAAUUUAUCCAAGUCAAAAAUUAAAGAACUGCCCUCAUCAAUUAAUAAUCUCAAAGGUUUGAGAUAUUUGGACCUAAGACAUUGCAAGAAACUUAAGAGUCUUCCAAGCAUCAUUCAUAUGAGAUCUCUCAUAACCUUUGAUCUUUCUAGCUGCUCGAGUCUUGAGAUGUUUCUAGAGAUUUCAGCAGUUAUGGAGGAACUAUCAGAGCUUAAUUUAUCCAGGUCAAAAAUUAAGGAACUGCCAUCGUCAAUUAAUAAUCUCACGAAGUUGAAAAGUUUGGACUUAAAAGACUGCAAGGAAAUUAAGACUCUUCCAAGUAGCAUUUGUCAACUUAAAUUCCUAUAUUGUCUCUCUCUUUCUGGUUGUACAAAAUUUGAGGUGUUUCCAAGCAUUGAAGAAAAUAUGGAGGGAUUAAAAGUGCUUCAUUUGGAUGGAACAUCUAUCAAAGAGCUUCCCCCCUCGAUUGAAAGGCUUCAGCGGCUUGUGUUAUUAAAUCUGAGAAACUGCAAAAGCCUUGUACAUCUUCCCGACACUUUAUGUAAUUUGGCGCAACUUUUAACUCUCGAUCUCCGUGAGUGCACAAAUCUUUCUCAGUAUCCUGUCAACUGUGAGGAUUUAGUAAGCUUUUGGGAUCGUCUAGUAGAUUUUGAAAACGGGCAUGCUGACAUUUUGACACCUGUACUACUCUCUAAAACAUCAUCGGCAUCCACUACGGAGCUCCGUCUUGGCUAGGGUUCCUCUCGGCCCCAACCCCCCAAUUUCUAGAAACUGUGAAGAUAUUGCUAUGUCAAUUCCCGUUGCAAAUUUGGGUGAAAGGUAGUUUGCAUUUCCUUUUAUCUUAACAUUUCUAUGUCUGCAAAUUACAGUGGAUGAGCCCUCUGAAUUUGUGUAAAUGAAGUCUUUCUUGGUAUUGGUAAAGGUUGAAACUUUACUGGGGUAUUGCUUGGAAUAGUGAUUUCUGGCUUUUGGAUAUGAGUGGGGGUUUUUUACCCUGUGAAGGGCUCUGUGAAGUGCUUCUGCAAAAAGGGCUUUUUGGAUUGCUUUUCAGUUUGCUUGCUUUGUGGUGAUAUAGUGCUUAGGAUUUCAUGCUUGGUCCAAGACAAUGGAGAUGUUUAUGGCCAGAUUUUUAUUUCUUUGGCCUUCGAUUUUGUUGUGACUUAUGAAAACGAUAUGAAGAACCUUCUUAAGAAACUGCAUAUCAUGUCCAACCAUUCAGAAGAUUCAGAAGGGUCUGCAGCUUCAUCAAGGGGUAACAAGUCCAUUAGUAAGUCAUCCCCUGAAACUGAAUGGCUUUUGCACUCGAGGUCCCAUCAGGGUUCUGAGCAUAAACCCUUCUCGGGGAUUUCGGGUCGGUUGAAUUCAGUUGCCAAUAAGCAUGGCCCUAGUCCCCCAUCAUCUUCGAAUGUCAAUAGGGCAGCGAGAGUGGAGCAGCCACCUGAUGCAGCUGUUAGUGGGAGUAGUUUAGAUGUUGUUUCGGAUACAGGUAGGCGCGAUUCGGGGUCUAGUACCUCGAGGGAUGCUGAUAUAGCAGAAGAGUAUCAGAUUCAAUUGGCUUUGGAAUUGAGUGCUAGGGAGGAUCCAAAGGCAGUCCAGAUUGAGGCUGUUAAGCAGAUUAGCUUGGGGUCUUGUGCUCCUGAUAAUACUCCAGCUGAAGUUAUAGCAUAACGCUAUUGGCUGCUGGAAAGAGGUCGCAUGAAAAUUUCUCUUAUGGGAGUUAUGGAGGAGUUGGGGAGGAAGAAUAGAGUAUUCAGCAGCUGAGAUUCAAAGCUGCUUCGCUUUCUUUCUCAAGUGUUUCAUCAAGGAAGAAGAUGGUGUUGGAUAGUGGACAACAAGCCAACUCUCCUUUCGGCUAUUAAACAAAGAAAAGUUUGGUGGACAUCAUCAUGAGUAAAGACACAAUGAUGAUGUUUGUUGAAAAGAAAAAGGAAGGUUAUGAUGAUGUUUGUAAAGGAAGCCUUUACUUUGGAUUUUUUUAUAGGCAAAUGGAAUUGGGUUUAUUCGGCUCCUUCCUUUGCAACUUGACAAAAGAGCUUUUCUUUUGGUAGUUUCUAAGGCAGCAGCAGCUGCUAUAUGUUUGAGGAGAAGCCGAGAGAAGAAAAGAGGGGGGAGCGACAUCAGAUGAAAGCCAUACCAGGGAGAGCGUUCGGCUCUCCCAUUUGAAAUAGUGAUGCUCCUUCCCAUUUGUUUGUAAUCCCCUUUUGUUAGUAAUCCCUCAAUCAAAGAUGUUGCUACAUGUUGUGUAGCUUUUGGGAGAGAUGGUAUUUGAUGUGUGUCCAUCUUCUCCAAAUUGUUCUUUGUGAGAGUUAGAGCUAUUGGGUGUAUGUGGGAUUUGAGUUUGAGAGUUAAAACUCUAUUUGUAAUCUCCUUUUGAUAUUAGUGGAAUUUCCUUGCCGUCUCGGAACUGGA